CAUCUCUCUCUCUGUGCUCUCCCUCCACCGCUCUCUCUGCUCUCCCUCCAUUUAGGAGCACAUGAUCCUCUGCCGCUUCGCAGACCAGACAGCUGUCCAGCUGCCUUCAGAACGACGCUUAAUAGGUAAACAGUGCAUGGGCCUGGUGGACCUGGACCGCUCCUGGGCAGCAGAGACUCAUGGGUACUCUGUCAGGGUGAUGACCAUGGAGCCAGACAGCUGCUCCCCCAAGAACAACAUGCUGGUGGGUGUUGCUGGAGGCGGGGCUGGAGGGGACAACUAUGCCACACAGUAAACCAGAGGCAUGUUCAGUUGGCACCCAAAGGAAGGUUGAAAAACAAAAGGAACUACCUCGACUUGUCCAAUAAGAAGACAGAUUUACGUUUGUUGUUGCAAAAUGGUUUGCUACGGUUUGCCCUAAUGAUCACGACCCAGGGUUGUGUUCAGUCGGGAGAAAACGUCUUGAAACCAAGUGAAUCAGGGAGGGAGGGACUCGUAAGAAGAACAUAGAACAGGACCCGACAUACAGUCAGUUUCAAACUGAGAAUACAGCAUUGUAAGGAAACAAAAAGCAUCAGUCGCUGGACCAAGAUACUAAGUAAAAUCAAUCAUCUCGGAGGAGUUGAGGGAUUUGUCUUGAGAUCAGAGAAGAAUGAAUCACCCUGGUUGAAUUGAUGAUGAUGAUAUUUGACCUACAAUCAAGAAAAAGCCCGUUAGACCCUUUUCCCUAAUGAUGAUCUGGGGCAGGUGUCCAAGUGUUUCAUUCUCUUGGAAUGGUUUUAUGGGUAUUGGAACUGAGCAAUGUCUUUAUUUGAUCCCUUAAAUGAGUUUUAAUGAGCGGGCAAUUAUGUGGAUAUUGAAUGAAUAAACCCCCUGGAACGUGA